GUCAAGGAAUCAAGUGCGCUGAAGAAGUGAAACAGGAACAUUUCAUCCCUUUAUGAACGAUUAGUAUUUAGUAUCAUUUAAACAAAUUUGAAAAUGAAUAAAAUUGGAAAAACACAGGAUCGUACUAUAAAAUCAAGAAUUGCCGUAAAAAAAGGCAGCACUCUGUUAAACAAGGAAAAUGUGCCAUGUAAUAAAGGAAGUGAUAAAGUAAGAAAACCCCUAUCUGGAAGGAAAACGUUGUCAAGCAGGAAUGGUGAUAAUUCUGAAACAAAGAUUCCAGUGGCAGCACUGGUAAAAUCGAAACAUAGAGUCAAGACAGCUCCAGAUUUUGACAAACUUCAUAAAAAGUGGGAAGCAAAGUUAGCCAAGGGAAAAGCCGUGACAAAACGGGCAAAUACAAAGAUUGAAGCGUUUAAUCUCACGAAGGAAGUAAAUUUGAAGCACGACGAUAUUGAGUCUACUGAGUUCCAAGAUAAGAACGAUUUGGAAGAUGAAAAACCAGUCAAAACUUCACAAGAAAGUGAAGUGGUGCCAGAAGUUAAGACAGUUUGUUGCAGCUGUGGAGAAACGAAGGCCUCACAGGAAAACGUAGCUUCAAUACCAACAACUUUUAAAGUCCCAAAAUCCAUCAGGAAAGUCAAUGUAUCUUCUUCAAAGAAGAAAGAGAAAAAAGUGGAAUUUGAAGAAGAUCCAUUUGAAUUCAAACCAGAUAAGAACGCUUUAGAAAGCAUUCUUAAUAAUGAUGGUAUCAAGUCAACUCCAACUAAACGAAGCACUGGUUUCUGCUCGCCUUCGCCGUACAGUCAGAAAAGAACCUCGAUAUACUACACGGGCCCUCGACCAGACCGUCCGCUCAGUGCUUUCGAUAAAAGAUUGAGCAUGCGUCGUGCGGCAACAAUGAUGGCCAAAAUGAGUGAAGCAAAAAAGGAGUUCGACCCUUUAAACACCUUGAUUGGCGUACACGAUAUUGGUAACAGGUUUAUGACUACACCUCGUAAAGAAACACAAAAUGAUAAGAACACGAAUCCGGAGUGCAUACCCGAAGAAACUGAAGACGAAGAAACAACACAAUUCUGUGACACGAUCCCUCGGACAAUUGAAGCUGAAAUCUCCUGGGCAGAUACACUGAAACACUACUCGCAAUCGCAACUAGAAAGUCAUCCCCUAAUUAGAGAAGACGAGGAAGACCUUGACGGCGACAUAGAAGAAGAGGACAAAGAAGCGCUAAUCGCCCAGUUAGAGGAGGAGGUUCGCGAAACAUUGUCCAGUGUAGCAUUGAAUGAACGUAGUUAUCUUCCUAGUGUAAACCAUUCCUUGCCUCAUCCAUCGUCUACUGAGCUCUUGAGAAAUCCUAAUAUCAGCAUCCCGCUACAGCAAAGGCGAGACAGGCCAUCUAUUUAUCGUAAACUUUUCGCAUCGCCAGCCAAUGUUCAAAAGAGAGAACCAAUCGUAGAGAUAAACCUUCCCAUAAAUGUACCUGCGAGUCUUCCCUUUAGUAGCGACGACGUGGCUGAACAACGUUAUCACACAGAAAUUGCGUCAUUUUGUCCGUUAGAACCAAUUGGAUUUUCCCGGCUGGCAGUGGAUAGUCCAUUACAAAGUUCACACGGAGAAAGUCAAUGCAUCUCCGAAGGGUAUGGUAAUCCACUUAAAAAAUUUGUGCCGUUUCAACCGUCAACCGAUGAAAAUCUGGGACAUCGAAGUGGUUGUACAAGAAACAUUGGUGGUGAAAAGCUGAUAUCAACCUGCUCUACUAUACACGGUCCCGAAAACGCCCCGGGGGGAGGUGUGUGGGUUGCCGAUUCUGCUAGUAUGGAAAAAAGGGUUGAGUUUACUAAUAAUAAUGCUGGUGGAACAAUAUCAUCACGUUGUGCUUUGCAAAGUCUUAAAAACUCCGCAAUUGGCAGUGCAUCGUUUACGAAGCCUAGUGAAAUGAGAGAUUUUAAACACACAAGUCUAGUAGAAGCUGCUAGUGCCUCGUUGGACUUUAAACUAAAGAGAAAAGCAUUAGAAAACGAGUCAGUGUUUAAAAGAAUCCAAGCUUCACGUUUAGAGUCAAUAAAAAAUCCUCCUAAAAGCGAACAAAAUAUUUUAAUUCCAAAACCUGUGAGGCAUGUGGUGGCAGGAGAUGAAGGAUUUGUCACUCGUCAUCGUCAAAUCAUGCACGAGGCUCUGGUGAAGAGUCGUGAUCAUGCGCAGGUGCUUCUGUUAGACGCUGAGGUGUCAAUGCAUACAAGGAGUAUUGGUUAUUUAUGGAAAUAUGAACAUGACCAAAGGCUCGUAAAUCCAUUGGCGAAAGUAUUCAAUGAAGGAGACGAAAGGCAUUUCAUUCCAAUACUGGUAUAAGGAAGUACCCUAUAAUCCUAUAUAUGCACCAAAUAUAUAUAUUGUAAAUAUGUGACAUAGAAAAUUGUUGAAAAAGAUAAGGUGUAGUUUAGCUUUUUAAAUAAACAUUUAGACUAUUGACAUCGCAUUUAGGAGAUAUAUAUAUAUAUAUGUAUAUAUAACUUUAAAAUCCACUACAAAAAUUUUAAACCCGAAAGAGCAAUAUUAUAUAUUGCCUUGUAACUUUAAUUCACCCUUCCGGGAAAGUACACUGGGUUCGUUGUAGCUGCAACCGUUUCAAAAUUUUAAAAUAUGCUAGUACAUCGUCACAAAAAUUGCGGAAUUACAACAAUUGGUCAGAAAAAUCAUUGCAAUUAUAUGGUACUGUGUAUAGUAGCUAUUACAUGCGUAGCAUUGUCGUAAACGUCAAAAUUUAGUACAUUUUUGUGCAGGGUAUAUUCCGUAGUCCGUACGACAUCAGGUCUCUAUAAUGUGUAAAACAUUUUGAUAUACCAAUGUAUUCCUUCGAACAUAGAGCGUGCUUGUAUGGUUAAAUAAAAUUAGGGCC